AUGUUGCAUAGAAACGGCUGGAAAUGCAUUCCUAAAGCUCCUGAAUUCAAAGAUUCUUGUGGUGGGACAUUCUCUGAGAUCCGCGGUAAGAUUCGCUCAUCCACGGAACCCUACAGUGACUGUGUUUGGCAUAUACAAGUGAAGCCCAAGUACAGAGUAACACUGAUAUUCACAAAGUUUGACGUAUCCUCAGAGCAUGGUUGUAAUGAGAACUAUGUGGAGGUCUUAGUAGGAAAUAAAGACUCCAAGGGGAAGUUCUGCGGUAUGAAGAACCCACCUCCCAUCAUCAGCUCAUCAUCUGGUAUAAUCACCAUUCACCUCCACACUGACCCCAACAGUGUCUACUUCCUCCCAUACUUCUCAGCAAAGUAUGAGGCCUCACUCAAACAACCAGAUAGGUGUUAUGACAAGAUCACUGGUGAAGGCAAUAUUACAAGUCCAGCAUUCCCAAAACGUUAUUCCUCAUUUCUAGACUGUACUUGGAAGAUUAGUGCUCGCAAAAACCAACAUGUCCGCCUGUUUUUUGACGUGUUUGACUUGGAACCUACCAAGCAAUGCUUGUUUGAUUAUGUUGAGAUUAGAGAUGGGCGGAAUAAACUCUCACCUCUGAUUGGUCGAUAUUGUGGCUCAAGGACCCCAACUGCAAAUUUUACAAGCUCUGGGCGUCACAUGUGGGUGUCAUUUGUCAGUGAUAAUGAUGGAUCUGGUCUCGGCUUCCUUGCCUAUUACUUCCCUGUACCCAUUGCAAACAAGACACCAGAUACAAGUACUCAACAGGAACUGAUACAUUGAUACUCAAUACAAUCUAGGACCUUGCUGAUAGUCAAUAUGAGAUACUAGCACUCAAUACAAUAAUAUUGUAAGACCCAAAAGGACCACACAAAAUGAAAAUGAAAUACUCAACUCAAUGUGGAAUUUCAAUACUCAAUUCAAUAUGGAACUUGCAUUAUACCUGUUAAAAUUCAGAACCUCAGAGAUAUUUCAUACACUCUAGGAUCCGAGAUACUCAGAUCAAACUAGAACUGUAUACUCAAUAUAAUCUGGAACCCCAGAUCCAUCUUUCUAAUGCCUCAGUCACAUUUGCUCC